UUUUAUUUAUCUCCUCAAAACUCCCCCAUUUCAUAUUCAAAACACCAACUGCAUGCAAAUGGAUUAUACUUUUGGACCACACAAAAUUGAUCACAAAGAUGUGUUUUACACAACUCAUCUUACAUAUGCUUUUGUGAAUCUACGUCCUGUUCUUCCUGGUCAUGUACUUGUGUGCCCAAAGCGCGAAGUGAAACGAUUUGCUGACCUUACGGCUGAAGAGACUUGUGAGAUGUGGGUUUCAGCUAAAAGAAUUGGUCAUCUGCUCGAGAAAUACCACAAAGCAUCUUCGCUUACAUUUACCAUCCAGGAUGGGCCGCACUCAGGACAAUCAGUCCCACAUGUUCACAUUCAUAUCAUCCCUAGAAAAGUUGGAGACUUUGAGGAAAACGAUGAGAUCUAUGAUGCUAUAAAUGAGGCGGAAAAGGAGUUAAAGAAGAGACUAGACUUGGACAAAGAGCGGAAGGAUAGAAGCUCAGAGGAGAGGGCUCAAGAAGCAGAAGAAUAUCGAAAGCUUUUCUCUUAAUUAAUUAGUCUAUGCAUUAAUUAAUGUCGUUGGUAUGAAUAAUAGAAUUUGGUAGUCAAAGUAUUUGAAACUAGUAAGGGAGAAUCAUUUGCAAUAAAUAUGAUUGGUGCAUCGUGUGAUCAAAUUUUUGCAAUCAAACCAAGUCCAUCUACUGUAUCCAGAAAUUUCUUUGGCCUAAUAUGAUCGAGAUCGAUUAAAUUAA